AUGGAGCAGACGUUUGACCUCCCCGAUUCGACCGACUGGCUCGGAACGCCGUUGUCGCUGCUGACGCCACUCGAGUCCGCGCUCCGCUGCCAGGUCUGCAAGGACUUUUUCGAUAACCCCGUUAUUACCUCGUGCUGUCAUACGUUCUGCUCCCUGUGUAUCCGGCGGUGUUUGAGCACGGAAGGGAAAUGCCCGGCUUGUCGAAGUUCGGACCAGGAGCUGAAGUUGCGGCGGAAUUGGGCGGUCCAAGAACUUGUCGAGGCGUUUCAGAAUGCAAGACCUAGUGUGUUGGGCCUGGCGAGACGUGCCGCGGCUGAAAAUGGGGAGGAGGCAGACGGGAGACAGACGCGGUCACGAACUAAAGGCGUGGAGCGGCCAAUCGAUUCUGCUACUAUGGAGGUAGUUGAGGAUAGCCAGGAUGAGGAAUAUGUUCCUGAGGACGGCCUGGUUGCUUGCCCGAUCUGCAAACGGAGGAUGAAAAACGAAGCAGUAUUUCAACACUUAGACCUUUGCACAGGAGAUCCAGCGCCCCCGAAAAAGAUGUUGUUUGGCUCAUUGCAACCCAUGUCGCCUGCCUCGCGAACUCCGACCAAAGCACCCGAAAGACUUCCCACAAUAAAUUAUUCCUUAUUAAAAGAUAAUGUGCUCCGGAAGAAGCUUAAAGACUUGGGUAUACCGAAUUGGGGCCCACGGCCCCUUCUGCAACGACGUCACACCGAGUGGAUGAACCUGUGGAACGCUAACUGCGACUCGAAAACGCCCAAGCCCAAGCGUGAAUUGUUACAUGAGUUGGAUGUCUGGGAACGCACACAGGGAGGGAGUGCACUUCCUUCCGCCGAGUCUGCUGGCUCCGUUAUGCGUAAAGAUUUUGAUGCAACUGCAUGGUCGACAAACCAUGAAAACGACUUCAAGCGAUUGAUUGCAAACGCGCGAAAGCGAAGCGAUGCUUUAGUCAGCACGACCAUCCCGGCCGCAGCUCCGGUUCAAUCGCAAGAGGCACCCACAAUUGAGCAGCCCGUGGAGGCUGCAAUUUUAACGGAUAUACCUAAGCCGGAGCAGCCACUCGUAGACCUCACAGGUGCCGCCUAUUCUAACAUCCAACACGCACAGGAGCCUGGUGAUAGUCAAGAGCCUUAUACGCUUCCUGGAUAG